AUGGACACCGUCGGUGUAUUCCUCGGUUAUGAAGACGGAACCUUUGCUAAUCAGAAGACAUAUUCAACUGGUUCUGGUUCACAUCCCAUUUCGGUUGCGCUUGGGGAUUUUAAUAACGACUAUCGGCUUGAUAUUAUUGCUGGGAAUUUCGGCACUAACAGUAUUAGCGUACUUUUGGGAUACAGUGAUGGCACUUUUGCAAACCAAUCUGUGCUUUCACUUGGUGCUUCUCGUCCGAAAUCGAUCGCCAUUGGUGAUUUCAAUAACGAUGGUCAUUUGGAUAUUGCUGUCGCCAACUAUGGCACUAACAAUGUAGGUAUACUAUUGGGACACGGUAAUGGAUCUUUUGAAAUUCCAGUUACGUAUUUCUUACCUUAUUCUAUUCCGUAUUCUAUCGCUAUUGGUGACUUCAAUAAUGAUCAACAGCUAGAUAUUGCAGUCACCAACUAUGAUACUAACGGAGUUAGUAUACUUAUUGGAUAUGCAAAUGGAACUUUUGCUUCACCCAUGACUUUUUCAACUGGUUUGGGAUCUUAUCCAUAUGCGGUUGUUGCUGGUGAUUUCAACAAUGACAAUCAACUCGACAUUGUUGUCACUAAUUCGGGUACUGACACUGUUGGUGUAUUUCUUGGAUAUGGAAAUGGAAGCUUUGAAAAACAAGAAACAUAUUUCAUUGGUGCUAGCUCUAGACCAUCUUACGUAGCUUUAGGGGAUUUCAACAAUGAUCAACAACUCGAUAUUGCCGUCUCUAAUACAGGUACUUACAAUAUAAGUAUAUUUAUUGGAUUUGGAAAUGGAACUUUUGCAAUAAUAGCAACACACUCAAUCAGCUCUAAAUCGAGUCCAUUUGGAAUCGCCGUUGGUGAUUUUGAUAAAGACAACCAAUCGGAUAUUGUCGUAGCUAAUGCUGAAACAAAUAGUAUACUUUUACUUACUGGCUAUGCCACAAAGCCAUCCAAGACUCCAAAUACAUACUCUACCGGGGUAGGUGCCGACUCAUAUUAUAUGGUUACCGCUGAUUUCAACAAUGAUAACCAGUUGGAUCUCGCUGUUGUUAACUUCGGAGUUGACAACAUAGGUAUAUUCCUUGGAUAUGGUAACGGAAGUUUUGCGAAACAAGUAACAUAUUCAACUGGAGACGGAUCAGCACCGGCAACAGUUGCGAUUGGUGACAUCAACAAUGAUAACCUGUUAGAUAUUGUCGUCGCUAAUCUCCACAGCGACGAUUUUGGUGUGCUACUUGGCUAUGGUAACGGAACGUUUGCAAACAUUCGCUCAUAUUUUCUCGGUGUAGCUUCUAGUGCAAUAGCGGUCGCUGUCGGUGAUUUCAACAAGGACAAUCAUUUAGAUGUUGUUUUUGCCAACUAUGGUCCGAACACUUUAAGUAUAGUUCUCGGACAUGGAAAUGGCAGUUUUGGGAAUGUAACCACUUUUACUACUGGUGAUGGUUCUCGUCCGUACUCUGUCGCCAUAGAUGAUUUUAACAACGAUAGUAAUCUAGAUAUUGCUGUCGCGAAUGCUGGUACAGAUAACGUAGGUAUUUAUCUUGGACAUGGUAACGGAACAUUUGUAGCUUUAACAACUUAUUCAACUGGAUAUGCCUCAUUUCCAGAGUAUGUUUGCAUUGGUGAUCUCAACAAUGAUAAUCUACUUGAUAUCGUCGUCGCCAAUAGCUACGCGAACAAUGUAGGUGUUUUUCUUGGUUAUGGGAAUGGUUCGUUCGCAUCACAAAUAAAGUACACAACUGGCUUGGGAUCGAGUCCACUCGCACUGACGCUUGGUGAUUUGAAUAAUGACGGCCGUCUCGAUAUUGCUGUUGCCAAUGAGGGUUUAAAUAGUGUGGGUGUUUUGCUUGGAUACGGUAAUGGAAUUUUCGGAAGUCAAAUAAUUUUUCCAACUGGUGAUACUUCUCAUCCCGCUUCAGUUGUCAUUGCUGACGUCAACAAUGAUCAUCGUCUGGAUAUUGUUUCAGUUAACCGUGGCACAAGCAACAUCGCUGUAUUACUUGGACAUCCGACUACAAUUAGUACAAAUCUAACAAUCUAUUCAACUGGCUCUAGUUUCCAAGCAAACUCAACUACCGCUCAUGAUGUUCAGAAUGACUAUCAAAGGAAUUCGGCUGGUGUCGUAGAAAAACAGAACGAUAUCCCUACAUUACUACUAGGAGAUUAUUAUUCAGAUUUUCAAACCGAAACAAUAUAUUCAAUGGGAUCUGGUUCACAUCCAUUCUCGAUCGCUGUAGGUGAUUUGAAUAAUGACACUCAUCUGGAUAUGGUCGUCACCAAUUCAGGAAAGGGAAAUAUAGGCGUAGUUCUAGGAUAUGGUAAUGGAUCUUUUGCAAACGAAAUAAACUAUUCAAUUGGUCUCGACUCUCGACCACAGGACGUGAUUCUCAGUGACUUUGACAACGACAAUAGACUGGAUAUGUUUGUUACCGACUCUAUUGGUGAUCGUAUAAGUAUAUUUGCAGGAUUAGGAAAUGGAAAUUUUACCAUUGACACAACGAUUUGGACUGGCUCUGGAUCACAGCCGAACUCAUUGGCAAGUGGUGACUUUAACAAUGAUAAUUUAUUAGAUCUUGUCAUUACUAAUCAAGGAACAGAUAGUAUAGGCCUUCUGUUGGGAUUCAAUUAUUCAGUUUUUGGAAAUAAAACAGUGUACAACACGGAUAAUUUUUCGGCUCCAGCCAGUGCCGCCAUGGGUGAUUUGAAUAAUGACAAGCGACUUGACAUUGUUGUCUGCAAUUUCGGCACUCAAAGUGUUGGCGUGUUUCUUGGAUAUGGUGAUGGAACUUUUGCGCCGCAAACUAUUUACGCUAAUGUAACUGGAUCACAUCCCAAGGGAGUUGCUCUUGGGGAUUUUAAUAAUGACAAUUAUCUCGAUAUUGCAACCGCUAAUUGGGGUCUGAAUAAUAUAGGUGUACUUCUUGGAUAUGGCAACGGGACAUUUCCAUCACCCUUAUUUUAUUCAACUGGAUUUGCUUCACGUCCAACAUCUAUCAGCGUUGGAGACUUCAAUAAUGAUAAUUACUUGGAUAUUGUCGUCACUAGGUAUGCUUUGGAAAGUGUCGGCGUAUUUCUUGGAUAUGGAAACGGAACUUUUGAUAAUAUUAAGACGUAUUAUACAGGGAAAUCUUCGGGUCCAUAUUCGGUUGCCGUCUAUGAUCUUAAUAAUGACAGUUACAUGGAUCUUGUUACGGCCAAUAUCAUCGGUAAUAAUGUAGGUAUACUUUUUGGAUAUGGCAAUGGAAGUUUCAGAGACAUAGAAAUUUAUUCAACUGACUUUGGUUCCGGUCCACAAUAUGCUGCAGCAGCAGAUUUCAACAAUGACACUAUACUAGAUGUUGUCGUCGCUCUCAUUGAUGCCGGUGGCGUAGGUAUAUAUCUUGGACAUGGCAAUGGUAGUUUUUCACGUAUUAUGAUCUAUAACACUGGUUCUGACUCAGGUACAAAACAUGUCAACUUCGGUGAUUUCAACAACGACAAUCAUCUCGAUAUUGCUGUAGCCAAUAUCUUUACUGGCCGCGUAGGCAUCCUUUUUGGAUAUGGCAAUGGAUAUUUUAUGAGCAUCACCCUAUAUGUAAACGAUGUUGGUCUUAUUCCGAACUGGAUUCUUGUUGGUGAUUUUAACUCUGAUACUAGACUGGAUUUAGUCUUUGUCGAGGAAAGUGAAACCAAUUUAUGGGUAUUACUGGAAACUGGUAAAAAGCAUUUUGGUAGUCAAACGACUUUGUUAAGUUAUGAAGGGUCUAAGCCAUCUUCUAUUGCUGUUGGUGAUUUCAACAACGACAAAUGCUUAGAUAUAGCCAUUGCUAAUUAUGGUACUGACAAUAUAGGUAUACUUCUUGGACAUGGUAAUGGAAGUUUUGAAAACAUGACAAUCUAUUCAACAGGGAAUGGAUCUCAACCAUUAGCAAUAGCCUUGGGUGAUGUUAACAACGAUACUUUAUUAGAUAUUGUAGUUGCCAAUUCUGGGACUGACAAUAUCGGUAUUUUUCUUGGAUAUCAUAAUGGAAGUUUUGCAGCAUUAACGACGUACUCAACUGAAAAAGGGUCACGUCCUAUGUCGAUUGCCAUAAGUGACUUCAAUAGCGAUCAAUGGUUAGAUAUCGCUGUCGCAAAUUUCGGCAGUAACAAUAUUGGUGUAUUUCAAGGAUAUGGCAACGGAACUUUUAAAAAGCAAACGACAUAUUCAGUAGGGUAUGGUGGUCACCCGAGUAAGGUUGCUGUUGGAAGUUUUACCAAUGACGAUUGGAUGGAAAUUGCUGUAGCGAACUAUGAUAAAGACACUGUACUACUUCUUUUAAAGAUGUGUUGA